GUCGCCAUGGCAACCGUCCAAUAACAAACCUGUCAAAUAGCCCACGAUUUUCCAACAAGCCGGUUCAACAGAAGUAAUGACACACUUUUUCAACUUGUUCACCCAAGAAAAUUAUGUUUUCGUGACCUUACAGUGACCUCAAUGUGGUUUGAACACACAGACUUAUGUACUUAACAAAUGCCAUCCGAACUUUGCGGAGAAAAAUGGAUUUCGGUUUCGGUGAUUUCCUGAUCCCGAACGUUGGGGGUUUGCGACAAUAUUUCGACCAUGAUCCCUAUUUCGGUCCAUCAUCCGGCUUCCACCACAUGGCCAGGAUGAUGGACCGGAUGAUGGUCGAGAGCCUCCAGCCGUUCGGGUUUGCGCGUAUGACAGCGCGUCGCAACACCGGGGACAAUAAGGACGGGUCCGAGCCGCCGCGGGACGGGCUGCGCACCGAGCGCAGUGACGCGCGCCGUGAGCGGGCCAAGAACUUCGGGAACACCCACGCCGCUAACGGUACGCGGCAUCCGCCUACUCAAGUUGUUAAACCGAUAGUCAACUUCCAAGAUAAGCCACCUGAUCAAACGAAGCAACCAGAUCCGACCACAGAGAAAUGGGCGGGGACUUUACGUCGACAGAACCCUACUACCAUUCAGACCACUCUGCCGUCAUUAGUAACUAGAAAGACUUCAUCGACUAGCUCUGGUCUAGGAAGCGGGAGAAAGAUAAGCAGGUCAGUUGAACGGGUACCGAGAACUGGUAAGAAUCGGCAGCAGUUAAUACCUAUAAGACCCACAGUCAGGAAAAACGAUGUGCCCAACGAAGGGGCUGACGUCACCAUAUUUGAGAAGGAUGAAAAAGUGUUUGAUGCGACGGGAUAUGAACUACAUCUGGUGGAGACUUUGGAGAGGGAUAUCCUACAGAAGAAUCCCGAUGUUCGCUGGAAGGAUGUCAUCGGGCUCGAUGACGCAAAGUCUGUGUUGCAAGAGGCCAUGGUUCUGCCUCUUGUUAUGCCUGAUUAUUUUAAGGGCAUCCGUCGCCCUUGGAAGGGGGUCCUGCUAACCGGUCCCCCAGGCACUGGCAAGACGUUACUAGCACGAGCCGUCGCCACGGAGUGCCGCACCACCUUCUUCAACGUGUCUUCAGCAACCCUCACCUCGAAGUACAGAGGGGACUCGGAGAAACUGGUGCGGCUGUUAUUUGACAUGGCUGCAUUCUACGCGCCCAGCACCAUCUUCCUGGACGAGGUGGACUCGCUGUGCGCGGUCCGCGGCGCUGACUCUGAACACGAAGCCUCACGCAGGUUCAAGGCGGAACUUCUCAUACAGAUGGACGGACUGGCAGCGGCAUUUCAUCGAGACAAGAUAAUAAUGGUGUUAGCGGCCACCAACCACCCGUGGGACAUCGACGAGGCUUUCAGAAGGCGGUUCGAGAAGAGGAUCUAUGUCGGACUACCUGAUGAGCCAACUAGAGUAAAACUCCUGAAGCUGUGCCUGCGUGAAGUGGUUUUACAAGACGAGGUGAACCUGAAGGAUGUGGCUCUCAAGCUGGAGGGCUACAGCGGCUCCGACAUCAGCAACCUUUGCAGGGAUGCCGCAAUGAUGACGAUGCGUCGUAAGAUUGCCGGCAAGAGUCCGGACGAGAUUCGGAAGCUCAACCGCUCCGAAUUAGAGGCCCCUGUUACCAACGAAGACCUGCAAGUUGCCAUCGACAAGACCAGGCGAACAGUGUCGGAGGCCGACGUCACCCGCUACAACAACUGGAUGCAGAAGCACGGCUGCUCCUAGCGCCGCGCGCGGGCGCUCCGUGCGCUUCUGCACAGACUGCGCAACGGUUAACAAAGCCCGACAUUCGCACCAGUGAUCAACUCCACUGAAUUAGUUUGACGAAUUAUUCAAAAAAAUAUCUGGUUUCGGAAGUCCCGUAGUUUUGGUUUCUGACUCAUCAGAUGAUGUUUCCAAGCCGCCUGCUAGAAAGCGAGUUCUUGACAUUGGAAUUUCGCAUCUGAUACUUUUUAGGUCUUUUUAUCAUUCAUAAACUUUUUUCAUCUUUUAUCCCAGCUUUUAGAACUAAAGGAAUUUUGUACACUGCGGUAUUUUUAUCUAAAAAUCUUAGCAAUGUGUAGUGCAUUAUAAAAUUUUUGGUAACCUUCCAACUAAGCGCACGACGCUAGUGCUAAGAAUGGAUUUACUAAAAUUUUAAAUAGAUAAUUAGUUGCUUCAUCAUACAAUAAUUUAACUAAAGCUAUCAAACAAACUACGGGACGAAACAACUCGUCAGACAAAAAAGAGGACGAAUAUACUUUUUUUGAUGAUUCAUGUCAACCUAAUACAGUCGGCGUUUAAGUUUCUAUAGACUUGAAAAUUGGACUGAUUUUGGUGAACUUUUUAAAUAUGAAGUGAAAAUUAAAUGUAUAUUAAGAUUGAUAUAGAAUUGCAUCGGUACUCCAAAGCGUUUGUAGCUUUGGGCUGCGUGUAUAUUAAUAGCUAGCAAUUUUGUGAAGUAGUGUCGGGUUAGGAUUGCGCUCUCUGCAUGGAGUACUCAACAAAUGGAGUGUUCACCCAUAUUCCCAAUAUUACCAGGUGAGCUUACUAUAGCUGUUCGGGAAACACUCCAUCUGUUGACUAAUCCGUGGUACAUUGGCAAGAACAUUACUCUGUUGAAUUAAUGUUACCAUCAAUCUUAUAAAACGUUAUUUUCUCGUUUUAUUACCAGUUUUACGACGUCUGCUGCUAUCUUACGAAUAUCUGACGUCACUGCGAGAAACUUGUAUUAAUUUAACAGAGUGAAGUAAUGAAAAUUAGUCUUUUAUACACGACCAAUGUAAGUUUUAGACAAAUAGAUUAAUAACCUUGAAAAAAUCGUAAAACGGCUAUUUAAUGUUGUGGACAUUAAUUUAUUAUUGUUUGCGAGAUUAAGUUUUUUAUUUACUUUUUUUUAAACGUCACUGAUUACGAAAACAUAGUACAGUCAGAAAAAAGUGUAUGAUCACUGUCAGGUUUACAAAAAAUAUCGACACAGUCGCAUGCAGCUGGUAUUAUUGGGGCUAGGAGACGAAAGACUUUUAAAAUGGCUGAAUAUCAGAUUUGUAACGACAGCACAACAUUCAAAGAUGUCAAUCUGACUUUGAUCACCUACUUUCCUUUCUGACCGUACCUACGUUAGCUUCAUAAUAUAUUGUCGUGUAGCUUCAUUUUAUACUAUUUACUCCCAAUAAACUCUCAUUAUUCUUAGUUUUAGUUUUUAAUUUAUUAAAUUAAAUUGUAUCGGAUAUAUAUUUAAUUUAAACGAUAUGGCUUUGGUUACGAUCUGAUUUGUCUAAUUAAUGGUUAACAUAACCUAAGAUCAUUAUUAGGUAUUUGAAAAAGAAUCGAUUUGAUGAUUAAUGUUAGGUUCGUGGAAUCGAUUUCGACUGUUUUAUUCGCUUGGAUUUAGGAGAUUGUCGUUGUAAUAAAAUAACAAUAAUGGUCAAAAACUGUUUAUUGAGGAAUGGCGUAAAAAUAGUGUUGUUUAUAAAUUGUCUGUCUGCGUAAAUAUUUGAGUGUACUUGUAGCCGUACCGUGCCGUUGGGUAACGUGUGGAUCAUUAAACGAUUUUAAUAAAGCUCUUAUAUAAACUUUGU